UCCCCGUGUCGAAGCCGCACGUGGCCGUGGCCUCCUCCACGGUGCUGGAGCUCAGCGAGUUCGUGACGCUCAACUGCUCGCACGCCAACGGCACCAAGGCGCGCUACACGUGGCUCAAGGACGGGCGCCCGCUGGGCAACGACUCGCGCCUGCUGCUCUCGCCCGACCGCAAGGUGCUCACCAUCACGCGCGUCCUCAUGGCCGACGACGACGUCUACAGCUGCCUCGUGGAGAACCCCAUCAGCCAGGGCCGCAGCGGGCCCCUCAAGCUCACCGUGUACCGGCGCAGCUCGCUCUACGUCAUCCUCUCCACUGGAGGCAUCUUCUUGCUGGUGACGCUGGUGACCGUGUGCGCCUGCUGGAAGCCCUCCAAGAAGGGCAAGCGGGGAGCGGAGGCGCCCGGCGGCGCCGACUUCGCCGAGCAGGACGAGGAGCAGCUCAAGCACGAGG